UAUUUUUUAAAAACUUUCUCUUGCGGCUGGCUAGAAUCGAACGCAGGACCACCCAAACUAUGAUGACUCACUCGCUGACAUGGCAAGGUACCGUUAUUCUGAGUCAGCCCUACCACCGACUCACAUGCCAACUGAUAUUUCGCGGAGACACCUUUUUGGUGGAAAUAUCUAUGCGAAGUGUGUGGCUCAGAGAGAUGAUCAAUCCAUAGCUCAAAACAUCGGUUGAGAGAUCAAAUUACUUGUGAUUGAUCGCAAUGUAUGCCACUGGCACUGGUCUUGGGCUUUGAUUUGGAAGGUGGUCGCAAUGUAUGCCAUUGGCACUGGUUAUGGCAUUAGCAGCUCCUUCUUCCCAGCUCCACCCAGGAGAAGAUCAUCAAGGAUCACAGCCACCGCCACCAAAUCGAGAGAGACCUCUCGCAAGAACAACAACGCCCUCGGAUUCUCCAUCCCCAAUCCAAUCGACGAGGCGCGGGCGGCGGCAGUAGCCCUGUGCGACACUGUGGAGAAUCUCAUCGCCACGUACAUCGAUCCCCGGGAGUUCCCUCCCUCGCAAGACCCCAAGAUCCAGCUCGCGGACAACUUCGCCCCGGUCGGAGAAUCCCCGCCGACGCCAUGCCGCCGAGUCACUGGCUCGAUCCCUCGCUGCCUCCGCGGCGGUGCUUACAUCCGCAAUGGCUCCAAUCCACUCCAUCCCCCUCCCGCCGGCUACCACUACUUCGAUGGCCACGGGAUGCUCCACGCGAUCAAGUUCCCGGGCGAUGAUGAUCGCGAAGAACAUCACGCUCCAAUCUACUGCGCGCGAUUCACCCAGACCAAUCGAUUCCUCCAGGAGCAAACUGCGGGCAAGAUUCUCUUCCCCUACACACUGGGCACCAUGAGCAGCUAUCCCGGGCUCGCGCGACUGGGGCUAUUCGCGAUGCGCGCGGCUCUGGGCCUGAUCGAUAUCUUGGGCGGGAUGGGAACUUCCAACGCUGGGAUGGCCUACUUCGAUCGCCGAAUUCUUGCCAUGUCCGAGGAUGAUAUGCCAUAUGCCGUGAAUAUCACCCCAGCAGGGGAUUUGAUCACCAUGGGUCGCUACAACUUCAACAAGCGAUUGCUACUGCCAAUGUGCGCUCAUCCAAAGAUCGAUCCAACCUCUGGCGAGCUCUUCGCGUUUAGCUUCAAUCCAGUGAUCAAUCCCCACCUCCGCUACUUCUGGGCGAGCCGGGAAGGGAGGAAAAGCCCCGAUUUCGACGUGUGGUUGCGCGAGCCGUGCCUGUUUCACGAUUUUGCGAUCACGGAGAACUACGCAAUCUUCCCAGAGAAUCAGGUCGUGAUGAAGAUCCAGGAUGUAGUGCUCCAGAACAAGAUGCCCAUCCGUGGAGAUACCGCCAAGGUUCCCAGAUUCGGGGUGAUCCCUCGCAUCCCGACCGUUGGAUAUUCCGGCGUUCGCUGGAUCGACGUUCCGGAUUGGACGUCAUUCCACUACAUCAACGCGUGGGAGGAAGGGACGGACAAGAUCGUCGUGCUCAGCUCGUCUAUUUCGCCGGUGGAAUGUCUGUUCGAUGACGUAGCCGGAUUGUCCAGCAGAUUGCACGAGAUCCACCUGGACCUUCGAUCUGGACGGUCGUGGAAGCAACACGUGUGCUCGGCCGGACUAGAUUUUGGACAGAUCAACCAGAAAUUCCUGGGGCGAAAGAAUCGGUACGUCUACAUGUGCUACUAUGGGCCAUGGCCCAAAUUCUCCGGCCUGGCCAAGGUCGAUCUAGACGCUCCACGACUGCCCAGAGUGGUAAUCGACGGUGCAAGUGACCCGGACCUCAAGGAGCCGUGCAUUGUGGCGUCGAGGAGAUUCGAACGUGGUAAGUUUUGUGGCGAGCCUUUCUUUGUGGCGAACGGCGAGGAAGAAGACGAUGGAUACGUCUUAAGCUACGUCCAUGAUGAGAAGAGUGGUGUCUCGGAGCUUUUGAUCAUGGAUGCUAAAUCGCCCACGCUUGAGACAGUGGCUUCUAUAGAGUUGCCUGCUAGAGUGCCAUAUGGAUUCCAUGGAAUCUUUGUAAAUGCCUAUCAAAUAGCAAACCAAAACCAUGUCACCUUGUAGGAGAAAUUCAUGUAAUUACUUUGUGACAAGGACUUAAAAGAGAUAUUUUGCCAGCCA